GGGCAGAUCUAGGGCAGGGGGAGAUCGACAGAAGGCAAGCUAAGCAUCCUAAGGGGUGCCCCAAGAGCAGGGCCCAGGGGCGGGGAGCCAAAGGGGCGGGCCGGCCAUGUCCCACGGGACCUACUAUGAGUGUGAGCCCCGGGGUGGCCAUCAGCCACUUGAGUUCUCAGAGGGCCGAGCCGGGCCUGGGGAGCUGGGGGACAUGUGUGAGCAUGAGGCCUCCAUCGACCUCUCUGCCUACAUCGAGUCUGGGGAGGAACAACUACUCUCCGACCUCUUUGCCAUGAAGCCAGCGCCUGAGACCCGAGGCCUUAAGGUCCCUGGAACUCCUGCCUUUCCCCACUACCUGCCGCCUGACCCGCGACCCUUCGCCUAUCCCCCACAUACCUUCGGCCCAGAUAGGAAGGCGUUGGGACCUGGCAUCUACAGCAGCCCAGGGAACUACGACCCCAGGGCUGUGGCCGUGAAGGAGGAGCCUCGGGGGCCAGAGGGUAGCCGAGGCAUUAGUCGAGGCAGCUACAAUCCCCUGCAGUACCAAGUGGCACACUGUGGGCAGACAGCCAUGCACCUGCCCCCAACCCUGGCAGCACCCGGCCAGCCCCUGCGUGUCCUCAAGGCCCCUCUGGCUGCUGCCGCGCCCCCCUGCAGUCCCCUUCUCAAGGCGCCCUCUCCAGCCGGCCCCUCGCACAAGGGCAAGAAAGCAGUGAAUAAAGACAGCCUGGAGUAUAGGCUGCGGCGGGAACGCAACAACAUCGCAGUGCGCAAGAGCCGGGACAAGGCCAAGAGGCGGAUUUUAGAGACACAACAGAAGGUGUUGGAGUACAUGGCGGAAAAUGAGCGCCUGCGCAGCCGUGUUGAGCAGCUCACCCAGGAGCUGGACACCCUUCGCAACCUCUUUCGCCAGAUCCCUGAGGCUGCCAACCUCAUCAAGGGUGUAGGGGGCUGCAGCUGAAUCUGACUGGUGGACUGUGGGCACUAGACCCCUGGCUUGACCCUGGAGAUCUUUACUCUGCUGGGACCCUAGACCUUCACAGACCAAAUCCAAGACCAUUGACAAUGGCAGCUGAUGGCUAAGGAAGGCAGGACCCAUAAUGAUUCUGAAUAAAUUGCACUGUGA